UGCUGCCGGUGUGUGUUGCCGGUCAUUGCGGAGAGACCAAAAGAAAGACACCCCGUGGGAGGAUAAACACGAAACAUUUUGCCUGUGUGGAGCUCCCGUGAGCCAGGAAAAUCCAGAUUCUGUGGACAGAUUCUGCUGAACAGCCAACAUCUUCCGAUCCGGGCUUAGCAUUUAGAAAUGGAAGCACGAAGACAAUUUGCUCUUCACUGGCACUUUUACAAAUGGAAGUCAACCCCAACUCCUGAGGUCAAAUACCAGGGGCGAUGCUAACCACAUCGAUCCUGCCACUUCCAGGUUCAAGCAUCGCCAGAACCUUUUCGGAGGCAGCAGCUUCUUCCGUGGUUGGGAAUUUAUGUUGUGUCUUGGCAGAAUACCCCCAAAGUUUCAGCUCUUGACUGAAGAUAAAAUGGAGGCCUUAGAAGUUGAUGACAUCAGCCCAGCCUUGGAGGUGACUGAAGACUUCUUCAGUACCUUUGAUGCCAAGCUAGAGAACGUGUCACCGCCAGAGGUAUAUGGGAUUCAGGAAGUUCCCGAACUGGUUGGCCGUGAAGUUUUUAAUAAGAUCACUGCCUGUGGAGACUUGAGGAACCUGACUUCUUUGGGGCAGAACAACCUUGCUUGGGAACCCUGCAAAAAUGGACUCUCGGAAACCAAAGCGCAGACUGCAUUUCCUGCCAAAGAACCAUUCGGAGUGCAGAGAGGGACAGUUCCAGACAACCUCUCCUGGGUGGAACAGAGGGAGGCCUCAACUUUCAACAUCUUCAACAUUUGCCAAAGGAGGAGGAAUCGGCCCCGCUCCGUGAAUGAUAUUAUAGUGCAAAGUGAGGAAGUUGGCACUUUCAAGCCUGGCCAUAACCGGUCACGCUCAGAUAUCAGCCGCAUCGACUGGGGGGUCAUCUUAAGCGGUGCCCCUUCCCAGCAGCUGUCUAAUCAGGGUAACCAGGGCCCUAAGCUUUCAUUCAUGCCAGCUGGAUUCAAAAAGGGAGAAGACAUCCAAGGGAACACUGAACACAAGCCAACAUUCUCAAAUAUCCUGAAGAAAGGGUUCUUAGAAAUUCAGAACAGCCAAGACAGCUACUGGCAGGCUUGUUAUGCAGAACUCUCUCCAUAUGAACUGUACCUGUAUUGGCUUGACCACAGUGGCAACCAGAACCUCCCUACGGUCUAUCUGCUUUUGCAUUUCCAAAGCAUCAAUGUGGAAGCCAGUGUGGUUGAUGCAGUUCUGUUCAAUAACUCGCGUCUACAGCUCAAAGCGGAAUCCCCGUGGGAGGCCUUGGACUGGGGGCAGAAGCUUCGGGGAGCCAUGCAUUCGUCCGUGCCAUCUUUCCUGAGGCCGCAGGGAGACUUGGAGAGCUCACAGAAGUUCGACAAUGAUGAGGGUGUCAUUGCCCAAAACCAUGGUUUACAAAAGGAGCCGACGGACUUUUUCCAAUCAACUUCUUUGACCCCAAGCAUCAAGGACUACCAAAACGUUCUUAAAUCAGGGACUCUUUACAGACUGACCCUCCAAAAUAACUGGAAAGCAUUCCAUUUUGUACUCAGCCAGUCUCUCCUCAUGGCUUUUCAGACUGGCGGGGUUGACGAAGACCCUCUGUGGAGCCACAAUAUUGACAUGUGUCUCUCUGUCCAGACUGAUAUUCUGGAUGAUUGUGACUCUUGCUUUCAGGUGAUCUUUCCUCAAGAUGUGCUUCGCCUGCGGGCAGAGACCCGUCAGAGAGCUCAGGAAUGGAUGGAGGCCUUGAAGGCUGCCUCUAAUGCUGCAAGCUUGGGUCAAAACCUGCAAGUAACGCUGAGAAACAAAGUCCAAGGCCUAGCUUGCGGAAAAGAGCAGAAGAAGGUCAAGCGGCAGUCUGUAACCACCAGCUUUUUGAGCAUCUUAACCACCUUGUCUUUGGAAAGAGGGCUGACUGCCCAGAGUUUCAAGUGCGCAGGUUGUCAGUGCUCCAUAGGCCUAUCUAAUGGCAAAGCAAAGGUGUGCAGCUACAGUGGAUGGUACUAUUGCAACAUCUGUCAUGUGGAUGACAACUUUCUAAUUCCUGCACGGCUCGUUCAUAACUGGGACACUUCAAAAUACAAGGUAUCAAAGCAAGCCAAAGAGUUCCUGGAAUAUGUUUAUGAAGAGCCCCUGAUUGACAUCCAGCAGGAAAAUCCUAUGUUGUACAGACACGUUGAGCCACUGGGAACUGUGGUCCGUCUGAGACAGCAGCUGAAAUCCCUCCGAGCCUAUUUAUUCAGCUGCAGAGCAGCAGUGGCCGAAGACCUGCGAAGGAGAAUUUUCCCCAGGGAGUAUCUUUUUCAGCAGAUCCACCUGUAUUCACUGGCAGACCUCCAACAGGUUAUUGAAGGGAAACUGGCCCCUUUUCUUGGGAAAGUUAUAAAAUUUGCCACCUCCCAUGUCUACAGCUGCAGCCUGUGUAGUCAAAAGGGAUUCGUUUGUGAGAUCUGCAAUAAUGGCGAGAUCCUGUACCCCUUUGAGGACAGUUCUACAAGCAGAUGUGAGAGCUGUGGUGCCGUCUUCCACUCGGAAUGCAAGGUGAAGGCUGUGCCCUGCCCCAGGUGCGUGCGGAGGGAGCUUCAGAUGAAGCAGAAGUCUUUCUGGAGAAGACUCAACAUGGACGAGAGCCUGGAAGAGGCCUGCAACAUGUUUGAACUGUCCUAUCAAAACACAUGACUCGCAGGAAAAAGCUGGAAACCUGAAGAGAUCCCGUUCUCACCGUGAAAUGAAUGCGAGCAAGGCAACAUUGCGCUGCCAGGCAGAAUCCUUUACUGCAAAAAGAUUGGCUGAUGUUCACCUGUCAGUUAUUGAAUAACUGGGGCUGUUCAAGAAGAUCGAAGGCAAAAUUGUAGUCAUGAAGUCUGAGUGGACCAGCUGGUCUCAAGCCAAAUGUAGUUUACUUGAAAUAUUUCUAUUUUCUUUGCAUCUGUUGUCAGAAACAUGUGUAGUUAUUCAGCUUUUAAGUGAUUUUCUUUUUUUGGCAGAAAUAGCAAGGAUGGCACUGCUAUUUGAAUCUCACAGUCGAGGUGCCUAUGGAUUGGAAUUUGUGGGGCUUUUCCCAGCUUAGAAAGAUGUUUUAGUGAACAGCAUUUAAGAACACUUUCCUCCCCUACUGCCAAAAAUUCAACUCAGCUAUAGAUCUGUAUCCAGAUGACUAUAUAAAUGUAUAGCAACCCUUGCACUUUA